AUGAACAUGGAAGGUUCACAUAGAUUUAAGAAAGAACAUGAAAAAUGCCCCGGAUGUAAAAACUUUAGCCGGUGUAAAGAUUGCUAUUCUGAACGAUUUCUGCCUGUUAAUAGCGGAAAUUUAGAUAUUGACAAUUUAAUCAAGGCAACACAUAUAAAUAAUAUUCAAUAUAGGUUAGAGUGGAUCCCAUUUGAAGAUUUUACGGAUGUCCAAGAAGUUGAAGAGGGAGGAUUUAGUAUUAUAUCCACUGCUACAUGGAUAAAAGGAAGAGUUACGAGUUAUUCUGGAGGAAAACUUAAGCGGAAAGGUCAUAUGAAAAUUAUACUAAAAGUCCUUAAAGAUUCUCAAAAUAUAAACUCGGAAUUUAUCAUAGAGUUACAUAAUAUUGCUAAAACACAACCCAACUCCUCUAAGCGUUGUGUUGUUCAUUAUUAUGGAGUAUCGCAAGAUCCGAUAACAAAAAAUUAUAUAUUUGUUAUGGAUUAUAUGAAAAAUGGAAGUUUGUAUGAAUAUUUAUCUAAGAAUUUUGAUGAGAUCAAAUGGAUGGACUGGGGAAAAACGGAAAUAUAUUAA